AUGUCGACCGCAGUGGGCAACGGCAAUGGCUCCGAAAUGGAGAAGGUGAACACUGACAUUGUCACCUUGACCCGCUUCCUCACAGAAGAGCAAGUCAAGCACAAGGAGGCAACUGGAGACUUCACACUACUCUGCCACGCCCUACAAUUCUCCUUCAAGUCGAUCGCCUACUACAUCCGAAGAGCCACUCUAGUUAACCUGACCGGCCUGGCUGGUUCCUCAAACACAACCGGCGAUGACCAGAAGAAGCUCGACGUCAUCUCCAAUGACCUGUUCAUUGCCGCCAUGAAGUCCUCUGGCAAGUGCGCCCUGCUGGUAUCUGAAGAGGAGGAGAACGUCAUCUACUUCAAGGAGCACUCCGGUGCCAGGUACGCGGUCGCCUGCGACCCAAUUGACGGAAGCUCCAACUUGGACGCCGGUGUGUCUGUCGGCACCAUCUUCGCCAUUCACAAGCUGUCGGAGGGAUCCACGGGCACAAAGGAGGACAUCCUCAAGCCCGGCACAGAGCUGGUCGCCGCUGGUUUCACCAUGUACGGUGCCUCCGCGCAGCUGGUCAUCACUAUGAAGGGUGGCAGCGUCAACGGCUUCACUCUGGAUAACGGCGUCGGCGAGUUCAUCCUGACACACCCCAACAUGAAGCUGCCCAAGUCGCGAUCCAUCUACUCCGUCAACGAGGGUAACUCGCUGUACUGGGAGGACGAGACAAAGGAGUAUUUCAACGCCCUGAAGUUCCCCUCUGGCUCAAGCGGCAAGCCCUACAGCUCUCGAUACAUUGGUAGCAUGGUUGCUGAUGCGUACCGCACACUUCUGUACGGAGGUAUUUUCGCGUAUCCCGCCGACAAGAAGAGCCCCAAGGGCAAGCUUCGAAUUCUGUACGAGUGCGCGCCGAUGGCCAUGGUCUUUGAGAAUGCUGGUGGACAGGCUGUCAAUAGCAAGAUGCAGAGGAUGUUGGAAGUUAUCCCUGAGCACAUCCAUGACAGGUCAGGAAUCUUCAUGGGCAGCUAUGACGAGGUCGAGAAGGUCAAGCAGUUUCACAAGGCGAAGUAA